GUAUAUAGAAGGACACAAGGACCUGUACAAGGAGGCCAUGAUGGAGGAGCACCAGCCUCUUAUAUCACAAGAAAAUCCCAGUAAGAAAUGUGAAAAUGUUAUGUUACCACUAGAUGAAGAUAUCAUGCAGCGCUCUUCAGGAGAAAACCUCAUUACCCUUAAUGUACAUCCAGGACUUCACAGUACAGAUCUGUCAUAUAAUCCUUCUAGUUAUGAGGAACCAUCUCCUGACCAAUCACAGAUUGUUACCGCAAGUACAAGUCAAAAAAGGAUUAAAUGGUUUCAUUGUGGUAAAGAAUCCACAAACAGCUCAGGACUUUCUACACACCGAAGAUGUCACAAAGGAGAGAAAAUGUAUUCAUGUUCAGAAUGUGGGAAAUGUUUUAUAUAUAAAUCACAUCUUGUUAUACAUGAGAGAAGUCACACAGGAGAGAGACCAUAUUCAUGUUCAGAAUGUGGGAAAUGUUUUAUAUAUAAAUCAGAUCUUGUUAAACAUGAGAGAAUUCACACAGGGGAGAAACCAUAUUCAUGUUCAGAAUGUGGGAAAUGUUUCACAUGGAAAUCAAUUCUUGUUAAACAUGAGAGAAUUCACACAGGAGAGAAAGCAUAUACAUGUUCAGAAUGUGGGAAAUGUUUUAGACAAAAAUCAUAUCUUGUUACACAUGAGAGAAGUCACACAGGCGAAAAGCCGUAUUCGUGUUCAGAAUGUGGGAAAUGUUUUACAAUGAAAUCAAGUCUUGUUAUACAUAAGAGAAAUCACACAGGAGAGAAACCAUAUUUAUGUUCAGAAUGUGGGAAAUGUUUUACAGAGAAAUCCAAUCUUGUUACACAUGAGAGAAGUCACACAGGAGAGAAGCCAUAUUCAUGUUCAGAAUGUGGGAAACGUUUUUCAGAUAAAUCAAAUCUUCUAAAACACAAGAAGAAUCACACAUGAGAGAAGCUGCAUUCAGAAUGAGAAAAAUGUUUUUGUUUCUAAAGCCAUAAUUAGGGGUCAUUAGUGAAGUCACACAAGAGAGAAGCCAUAUGGCCACAAUAUAAGGAAACAAUAUAUCACUGGGUCAUAGACAUUGUCUUCAUUUCAGGUUGUAUAUUUGGAUAUAAAAGCUUAAUUGAUGUCACGUUACGACUUCUAUAAAACAUCUGAGAAAUCCUGUUUAGGAAGACAUAUAUUCUGUUCAUUAAUAUUGGAAUUGGAGCACCGCACACUAUAAUUACUGGUGCCAGCAAGGACUGUAUAUUCUUAUUUAGUAGUAUGCAAAUUGCGGCACACAGAUUAUUCAGCUGCAAUUUCAAUAUUUUAUUGGUGCGAUAUCAUACAAAUCGUGAUCCAGUUACAUCAUGAAUUAGUUUGGUUAACCGCUCUCUAUAAUAAUGGCGACCGUACGUUUCGGUCCAGGCGGACCUUCUUCACCGGUCUGAUUAUCUGUAGUUAGUGGUAGAGAAGGUCUGGGCUGGAUCACAUAUAUUCUGUUCAUUAGUAGAAAAUUGCAGCACACAGCUUUUUUAUUUGCCGUAAAGUUACGUUUUAAUAGUAUUUCAUCAUAUGAAAAUCAUGAUCCAGUGCAAUUACAGGACAUAUAGGGAAGUCAUAUACAUUUCAAUAUGGCGACCGGACAUUUCGGCCCGUCAGUGCCUUCUUCAGCGCUCUAUGAUCUGGGGAUGGCUUCCUGUCAGCGCCACCCUUGACAGGAAGCCAUCCCCAAAUCAUAGACCGCUUCAAUUUUCUACUAUUGGAUUACGACUCCCAAGUCCUUGCUAGCACCAGCGAC